GCGCAGGCGGGGGGCGGGGCCUAGCGUGGAUGACGUAACUCCGCCGCUUGCUUGGUUCCCGGACUUCUCUCUUCCCAGAGGGUCAGAAAACCGUUGUUGGGAAAAGCUGUGGAGGCUGUCGGAGAUCGCUGACGAGACUCAGUAAACUCUGCAAAAAUGUCUUUAUAUCCAUCACUUGAAGACCUGAAAGUAGAUAAAGUAAUUCAGGCUCAGACAGCCUUUUCUACAAACCCUGCCAGUACAGCAGUUUUGUCAGAUGCCUCUGCCCCCAUUUCUCAAGAUGGAAGUCUGUAUCCUAAACUGUAUCCUGAACUCUCUCAGUAUAUGGGUCUGAGUUUAAAUGAAGAAGAAAUUCAUACCAACAUGGCCCUAGUACCUGGAGCAACAUCUCAGGGGCAAUUGGUGGCCAGACCUUCUGCUGUGAAUUAUAUGGUGGCUCCUAUAACUGGUAAUGAUAUUGGAAUUCGAAGAGCAGAAAUUAAACAAGGAAUUCGUGAAGUCAUUUUGUGUAAAGAUCAACAUGGAAAAAUUGGCCUUCGACUUAAGUCAAUAGAUAAUGGUGUAUUUGUUCAGCUAGUCCAGGCCAAUUCUCCAGCAUCUUUGGUUGGUCUGAGAUUUGGUGACCAAGUUCUUCAAAUUAAUGGUGAAAAUUGUGCAGGGUGGAGCUCUGAUAAAGCUCAUAAAGUUCUCAAACAGGCUUUUGGAGAGAAGAUUACAAUGACUAUUCGGGACAGACCAUUUGAACGAACUAUUACCAUGCAUAAGGAUAGUACAGGACAUGUUGGAUUCAUUUUUAAAAAUGGAAAGAUAACCUCUAUAGUGAAAGACAGUUCUGCAGCAAGAAAUGGUCUUCUUACCGAGCAUAACAUUUGUGAAAUCAAUGGUCAGAAUGUAAUUGGUCUGAAGGACUCUCAAGUUGCAGACAUACUUUCAACAUCUGGCACUGUAGUUACCAUUACAAUUAUGCCUGCUUUCAUCUUUGAACACAUAAUCAAAAGGAUGGCGUCAAGUGUUAUGAAAAAUCUAAUGGAUCAUGCUAUCCCAGAAGUUUAAAAUUCAAGCUGUUGUAUCUUUCAUAUAUUGGAAACACUGCUGAACUUGAGCAAUUUACUCAGCAUCUUCUGUAUUAGACACAUAAACCUUCCUGGGAGCCAAGAAGCACAUGCUGCAUGAGAGCCUUUGUAUCGUAUUAUGGCUGGGAAUAUUACUGUUUGACACAGUUUUGUGUUCAAGCUGUAAAUUGUAUUUGUAGCCUUAUACUGGUUUUAUAGAUGUGAACCUUUCAAGAGUUUUGACUUUCACGGCAUCAAGUUUCCAGUAGUUAAACUACUCUUUCUGUAAGCCAUUAUGGUUAAGAUAACUAAUACAGAUUUUUAAAAAUGUUAUAAUCAGGUACCUGUAUUUUAGAUAUUCUAGAAAGUAAUAUUGCUUCUCUUGCUUUUCUUCUGGUGUAGUAUUUUUAAUGCUUUGCUAUUGUACCUCUAGAAAAACUUUUCUGCUAGUUCCAAUUUUGUUUACAAAAAUGCAGUUAAGCAACCUUGGUUUCAUUCCACAUGAGCAUUACAAAUAGCAAAAUGUAGAAUUGCACAAAAUUGUGAUGAUUUUAUCUUUAAUAAUGUAUAACUAAUGCUUCAAUUGUCGCCUUAACCAUGUUAAAGGAAAGUUCUGAAAUAAAAAUCAAAUAAAUUGAUUAACUCUCAAC